GAGGCGGGCGCUGGGCCGAGCUGUGGUGCUUCUGCGGGCUUUGGCGGCGGUGGGGUUGCGCGAGAGCCGGUCUCCCUGUGCACAGCCUCAGCUGCGGGCGGCCGGUCUCCUUGCCACUGCGUCUCUCAGUACCCAGGCCCUGCAGGUCCGCGCUGGAGGGGCCGCAUCGCGUGAGGCUCAGGGUUCUCAGAAGCCUGUCAUUCUCAGUCUUCCUGGCGGGAACGUGAAGAUGCUUAAAGAGCGUCCAGGGAUGGCAGAAGAGCCUCAGCAGCAAACGAGUGUUCCUGUGGUGAAACUGGAGAAAGAGUUGCCAUGGGGCCAGACCAGGGAAGACUCUAGUCCUGAGACUUUUCGUCUGAGAUUUCGGCAGUUCCGCUACCAGGAGGCAGCAGGACCCCAGGAAGCCCUCAGGGAGCUCCAAGAGCUCUGUCGUCGGUGGCUGAGGCCUGAGUUGCACACUAAGGAGCAGAUCCUAGAGCUGCUGGUGCUGGAGCAGUUCCUGACCAUCCUGCCCCGAGAGUUCUAUGCCUGGAUCUGGGAGCAUGGCCUGGAGAGUGGCAAAGCCCUGGUGGCCAUGGUGGAAGACUUGACAGAGAGAGCUCUGGAGGCCAAGGCGGUUCCAUGCCACGUGCAGGGAGAACAGGAGGAGACAGCACUUUGCAGAGGUGCUUGGGAGCCAGCUGUCCACCUGGGGCCAGUAGAGAUCAAGCCUGAAUGGGGGAUACCCCAUGGAGAAGGAGUUCAAGGCCUAGACCAAGGCACUGGGGAGCACCUUAAUCAGAACACUGGAGACGGGGCUCAAGACUUCCAGGAGCAGGCCCUGCCCAUUCUUCAGGGGGGUCCUGGCCUCCCCCAAGUGAAUACCAGAGAUCAAGAGAUGGCAGCUGGGUUCUUUACAGCUGGAUCUCAGGGGUUGGGACCAUUUAAGGAUAUGGCUUUGGUCUUCCCUGAGGAGGAGUGGAGACAAGUGACCCCAGCUCAGAUAGAUUGCUUUGGGGAAUAUGUGGAACCACAGGACUGCGGGGUAUCUGCAGGUAUUGGGAGCAAGGAAAAGGAGGCCAAACCCCCGCAGGAAGAGCUGAAAGGGUCGCUGGCUGCACUGCCGGCUCAGAGGUUUGGGGAAGCCGAUCUCCAGGGCCCUGGACUGGGACGGGCCUGUGAGCAGGAGCCAAGUGGCUCUGAGGGUGGUGUGCCCGGGAUUCCUGCUCAGCAUGGCUCCAUCACCAUGCCUGAUGACCUCAAAACUCACAACUCCUUCUGGAAGCCUUUCCAGUGCCCUGAAUGUGGAAAAGGCUUCAGUCGGAGCUCAAAUCUGGUUAGGCACCAGCGAACCCAUGAAGAGGAGAAAUCCUAUGGCUGUGUGGAAUGUGGGAAAGGCUUUACCCUGAGAGAGUACCUGAUGAAACACCAGAGAACCCACCUGGGGAAGAGACCCUAUGUGUGCAGCGAGUGCUGGAAAACCUUCAGCCAGAGACACCACCUGGAGGUGCACCAGCGUAGCCACACAGGGGAGAAGCCCUAUAAGUGUGGGGACUGCUGGAAGAGCUUCAGUCGGAGGCAGCACCUGCAGGUGCACCGUAGGACGCACACCGGGGAGAAGCCCUACACCUGUGAGUGUGGCAAGAGCUUCAGCAGGAAUGCCAACCUGGCUGUGCACCGGCGUGCCCACACUGGGGAGAAGCCAUAUGGGUGCCAGGUGUGUGGAAAGCGCUUCAGUAAAGGGGAGCGGCUGGUCCGACACCAGAGGAUCCACACAGGAGAGAAGCCCUACCACUGCCCUGCAUGUGGGCGAAGCUUCAACCAGAGGUCCAUCCUCAACCGGCACCAGAAGACCCAGCACCGCCAGGAGCCCCUGGUGCAGUGAGGGCUCCAUGUGGCAGGCAGUCUUGUCAGAGGGGUGUCGUUCAUCUUAUUCCCUGAAGAGUCUUGGGGCUGUGGGGCAGUGGUUUGCUGGAAGGCCCUUUGAUA